AUAGGCGGCGUUUCGAAUCACAUCACGGCAAUUGAAUAGCGAUAGGUGAGUGAGGUAGGUGCAGCUUAUUUCUUCCGAAAUAAUUCCUUCAUACAACCAAUCAAUUUAAUGUCAUUGCAGUCUCAAGACACCGGAAGUCUGAAUUAAAAUACUAUUGUAUAUACAUAUAUAUAUACAUAUUCAUUGAUUGAUUUAUAUAUAUAUAUAUAUGUAUGUAUAUGUAUACAUGCAUUUAUAUAAAUGAAGAUGGGGAGAGAUUAAUAUCCUCGUCCGGUAUUUAGAACUACAAAAUAAAAAAAUAACCUACCUGUUCAGAGUUCUACUAACCUUAGCAUAAUUGUUAAAAACUGUAAGUAUUCCUUUUAUUAUUGUGUCACUCUGUAUUAAGCAAAUGAAAAAGUAAAAUACUUGAAUAUAUUUACAUAUAUUGGCAAAUACAAACACAAGCAUAACAUUGUAGUAAAAAUAUGACAAGAUUCUUUGGUGGCGGGAAAAAGUGAGAAAGAGAAAGAGAGAGAGAGAGAGAGAGAGAUCGCCAGUAUAAUUGUAGCUCUUAAUAUUAUUAAAAUAUGAUAUUACAAACAAAUGAAUCGUUUGGCAACUGAAAUUUAUCCAUUAAAACUAUGACUAACAGAGACGAGUCAUUCUAGAGAGCGGGGGAGAAACAGAGACUAUAUGACACAGAUAAUGAAUACGUAAAUUUAAAGAGUACAUGGAUGAAAGUUUUUGCAUUGAAACCAGUUCAAUAAGCUUUUAAUAUAUAAUAUGAAUAAUAUGCGUCGUAUAUGAGUACAUACGUUUCUAGUUGACUGGUUUAUUGUAAAUCAAACAACAAUCCAAAGUUGACAUUCGUUCGCGUAUCACUGUUAUCUAUUUCCUCUAUUUAGUAUUGUAAUUUUCUUUUACAAUUUCAGGAUUUUUCUUCAAGCCUAAAAAUUUUGGAGAUAAAAGAAAAACCUACGUUUUCACAAUGCAAUUGACAUUUUUCACUCAAAUGUUUAAAAGGAUCUUAAGAGCUCCGAAAUUGGCGGCCUUAGUUACAUGUAUAUUUUUUGUGGCCGAAAAUUUUACAGAAUUGGCUAUUCGUUACGUUCCAGAAAUUAAUCGCUUAAAAAAAGGGAUUGAAAAUUGCGAUCGUAUUCCCCGAAUUAAUACAUUUAGCAUUAUGUGCCCUUUUGAUAAUCCGGGUGAAUUAACGACAAACGAUACGAUCAUUUUGACCUACGCUAAUUCUGGUUGGUCGCAACAGGUUACAAAUUGGAUUUGUAAUGCUAAAAAGGCAAAUAUUUCGAAAUUGUUAGUUAUAGCGGUUAACAAUGAUCUAUGUGAUAAAAUUGGUAACAUACCUGGUGUUAAAUGCUGGACACCUUCGUUGUCGCCCACGUUUAGGUCGCUGAGAGAAAAAGCACUAAGCGAUAAGGUGAAAGAAAACAACGUUCAAAAUUCUUUUAAUGCAAGUUCAAACGCGGAAUGGGGUACGGAAAAUUAUGGCCUAUUGUUAAAAUAUCGAACUUUAAUUAUUUAUUCAAUACUUAAAUGUGGUUAUCCAAUAUUACUGUCGGAUACGGAUGUUAUUUUUCUAAAGUCCCCUUUAAACUACCUUCAGCAAUUAACUCAUGACAAUACAUCUAAGGCUGAUGCUCUAAAUCCACGUUAUGAGAUGAUCUUUCAAAAAGAUGCAACAGGUUGGCGAAGAUUCGAUAGUUGGGGUCUGAAAGGUUGGUUUGGAAAUUGGUACGCUUGCGCCGGUUUUGCCUACAUCAUUCCAACUCCUGGUAUAAUUAAAUUUUGGGAAGGAAUGGUUGCUUUCCAAGAAUCAGAUUGGAAUGAUCAAGUUGGCGUUAAUUUAUGCUUGAGAUACUCAAGCCAUAGAGUUAGAUGGAUGACACUCGAUUCGGAUUUAUUUCCCAAUGGUCGGAUGAUACAAGAUGGUUACCGAUACAACGGUAAAGAGUAUCAGUCUCAGGCAAUAAGUCAACAGAACCCAUAUGUCAUUCACUUUAACUGGAUUCACGAAUUUCAAGGGAAAAUCAAAUACAUGAAACUAAUGAAAUUAUGGUGCGGCUAG